AUGAUGUUUGCAGCAAAUCCGGGUCACAAGAUCCCGGACGAGAUGACGGGGUUCGGCGCGUCGGUGCUCGAGGGCGUGAUGACGUUCGGGCUCGUGUACACGGUUUACGCAUCGAGGAGGGGCGGCGCGGUGGGGCCGUUGGCGGUCGGGUUCAUGUUGGGCUGGUGCGAACGUGUUGGCGUCCGGGCCUUUCACGGGCGGCUCGAUGAAUCCGGCGCGCGCGUUUGGGGCAGCCGUUGUGGGAGGGAGUUUCAGGAAUCAAGCGGUUUAUUGGGUCGGGCCGGGGCCGCCCUGGCCGGAGUUCUCUACGACAAUGUGGUGUUCCCUGUGCCAGUUUCGGAGGCAGUCGUCGAUAUCUAG